AGUGUUGGGUGUAUGUGAACAGUGUAUGAGCCUGACGUCCUCCAUUACUGUUAGUCUGUCUCUUUGUGUGUGUGUGUGUGUGUGUGUCCAGCAGACAGACAGGGUGGUGAUAGGUUGUGUGUGUAGGGUGUCCAGAGUUAUAAACACAUAGAUCAGCAUCGCACAUCAGCAAAAGGACAUCAACACAUGGCAAUGUGUGAACACAGCCAAAAGGAAAUGGCGUAUAUCCGCCAUUGCUCCUACUGCUUCUUCUUCCACCGAGCCCCCUCGCACACACACACACACACGCAGGCACACACACACACACACAUGGACACAAGCAACUAAUGACGUCGGACUCAUGCUGCGUAAACCCCGACAGCUUGUCGUGGACGUGUCGCGAAGCACCACACGACCCCACCGCAGUGAAAGUUGCGUUCAUUGCGCUUUCCGCGCAGAAAUGUCCGUCAACGCACUAGUUUGGGAUUUGACAAGCAACACAUAUUCAUCCGCUUCUACAUGAGUGUCAAGAGCACGGCAGUACCCGGAUGGAGUGUCAUGGCCGCCGUCGCUGUGGUUCCACAGAGAGGAGAGAAGGAAGGCGAAUGUUUCUGAUGUGUGCGGGGUUUUUUUUUUUUUACUUCAACCCCAGCCUUGUUUCCGUGAUGUCGGACGUUGACGGGACGCCGCCUCAACUUGCACCGAGUUCAUAGCACAGUGGCCACACUACAAGCUCCUGCUCUUCAAAGUAGACAUGUAUUGAUGUUUCCUGAAGGAGUAAAGAUAUCUGCAAAUUUACAACUAUGGAAGAAGACUUCAUAAUACCUCAUGAUUCUGCCAAAAACUGCAGCAUAUCAGUAAUAGUGGAAGAAAAAGACAAGGUAAAAGACUUAGUGUAUAAGCAUUUCAGAGAAGUGACAGAUGUGUCACACCUAAAUAAUGCGGAAGAACCUUCCAUCAAGGAGCAUGGAAGUUCCACAAAGAAAGAUAAACAAGCACUAAAUAAAGGCCAUUGCAAAAUUCAGCAAGGGGCUGUUUUCUCUGGAAAGAUUCUGAGUUUUGGAUGCUCUGUGUGUAAAGACGAUUCCACAUAUAGCCCCAAUGAUCUCCUCAAACAUUUUCGAGCGGCUCAUGAAGGAACCCUGCCGACAUACCCUUGUGAUCUGUGUGGCUUUUCCACAAACGAGUUUCCUGCUCUCCAACGCCAUCGGAUUGAGCACAAAAAUACUCUAGUAACAUGCGAGCUCUGCAACGAUGAUGUUCAAUACUCUCUGCUUUUGCUUACCAGACACUACAUCAUGUGUCACAGUCUAAAUGGACAGUUUAACUGUGACUGGUGUGAGUUUACUACUGUGGAUGCAGGGACAUUCGUACAACACAUCCAUCAUCAUAAUGAGAGUCAUUGGAAGUGUUCAAAAUGCAGACAUAUCAGCUUGAACGAAGAAGGUCAUCAGAGGCACAUGAAAGCUCACUCGGAUACAUUUCCCUUCACUUGUCAGAUCUGUGGAUAUGGUGCAACACGAAGCGAAUACCUGAAAAAACACACUUCAGCAGUUCACAAACAGGAGGCUGAGAAAAGGAAGGCUUGGAAGUCUAUAGAAGACAACAGCAAUCCAGCAAAUGCAACUGCAACUUUAAAACUGUUGCUGAAAAAGAGUUCUGAAGUGCAGGAGGUUCAGAGAAUAUCAAAGCUAAACUGUCUUUCUGGGAGUUUUACAAACCAAAACGGAAGGUUAAUCAAACCUGAGCUGUCAUUAGAGGAUGCGCACCACUUUGUGGAAGGGACUAUUGCAAAAAAGGACACUAAAAACUGGAGCAGAGGUUCUCAUAACACAGAACAGUCAACACCGGAAAUGUUACCAGAAUGUGACAACUCUGCCUGCUCUGAUGCUGCAAUUCACACAAAUCCUAAUGCGCUAACUGUUCUGAUGGUCAAGAACAAAAUCUCUCUUCCUCCCAAUUGUACAACCAAAGUGAUGGGAUUCAAAAUGGUUGAUGGCAAAAAACAUUUGGUCCUUAAAGUGAUCCCAACAGCCAAACAAGACUCAACCAUUCAGAACAAUUCCUCAAUAGAGGAUGUUGGAUUCUUGGCACAAAAUUCUGUGUUGGAUGAAAGUAAAGACUCUGUUGAGAAUGGGGAUAGCUUUCAUAGCAAGAGCUCGUCGUCACAUUGUUCUUCACCAAGAAUUGAAUCUUGCAUACAGGUGGAUCAAGAUGAUAUUAUGGCAGUAAAAGUAAAGAUUGAGGAGGAAGAAACCUCUGUUUGCCAGUUUGAUUCCACCCCACACAGAGAUUAUGUUGAGGGAGAAGCUACUUUACAAAAAAUGUCUUCGGCUUGUGCCGAUAUCUUCUACUCCAUGACAAAUGAUCAUAUGGGGGACCAAAAUCACCCAAGUCAAACAUGCUUAGAGAGAAAUGCAUUUGAUAGUAACUCAAUCUCUGUAACAGUUAAUUCUGAUGCAACUGGCCGUAGCAGUUCUAAAAUAAGUAAUACUUUAACAGCAUGUAAUAUCACUGGUUUAUCUUCUCCUUCAAAAGUUGCACAGGACAAACAGCGUUUCAAAUCUGUCUCCAAAAAAACUACUAGAAACCUUGGAGCUGCAAGUGAGUUAUCACUGACUGACAGAGUGACAGAUAAACCUACUGAGGAACACAAAGUGAACUCUUCUUUUCACACUAUAGAAAAUGAUGAACAAUCUUGUCUAAGUACUCCAGACAAGACUAAUAGUGUUGGUCCUGAGAAUAAACAUAAAAAUCGACAGCAAAACUUUAAAAAGCUGUCAUCAAAUCCAGUCCCUGCAUCAGAGUCAUCCCCACAAACUCCAGGUAGUAGAGAAAGUGCUCUGGGCACCGAAAACAAUCAAAAUUCACCAAACCAAGAAGUAUUUACCUUUCAUAAUUAUUCAAAGGAAACAUUCUGUACUUCACCAAACACUUCCCAAAGCUUUGACAAUAUGUCUGAAUACCCAUCUGACAAGGAAAGUAUGUGCGAAUCAUCCCAGUUCAGCCUGACAUUGGCAGAGUCUCCAGAACCAUUCACUGAAAAGGGCAAAGGGGUAACAACUCGGGAGAGAAUGAAGAAUGUGUCAGGUACUGAUUUUGAGGUUGAUAAGUGCAUAACUGGUUUUGAUGAUUCUACCACUGAAGAUGAAAAUCCUGAGUCAGUGUUCCAAGACUUUAAUAUAAUCAAAAUUGAAGAGGACAGCAUUCCAAUAUCAAAAACACAGUCAGAGUCAAAGAGUAAUAUAACUUCCUUUGCCAGUUUUGUAGAAGAACAUUCAGAUGAAAUCAUUACCCAACAGCUUCACAAGGAAAGAGUAACAUGUUCAAAUGCCAGCAAUGAUUCUUUAAAACAAACAAAAACAACUCUGCGAAUUCUUCAAUUGGCCGAGGGUAAGAAGCCAGUACUCCUGAAAACUACUGAUAAUCAAUAUGCCAUGCCGGUGCAAGCUAAGGCAACUCCAGGCUUCAAACUGAUAACCAAUUCUACAAAUCCUCAGAUUAAUGUCUCUUACUUGAAGCAAGGAGCAGAAAAAUCAAGUAACCAAACUGGUGUAACUUUAACCCCAAACAGCUGGACAGUAGGUGUAUCAACGCCAAAGGCAGGGGCAACUGAAAAGGGGAAGGCUCUUCUCUCUGCUGUUCAACCAGGUGUUGGUACCUCCUCAAAUCACUACCUUAUCAACAGCCCAGGUUUUAAAGGUCCUGUACUCCUUUCAAGCACACCACAUAAUACACCCAUGGACAAAUCGGCAAAGCCUACUUGCUACUUGGUACAAAGGUCUCUUCCAUUUGUCCAUACCCCUGGUAGUCCUGGCCUCAGACUGGCUAGUUCACAAGACCCACUGAACUCACGGCCAGUUCUGGCCAUGCCAAUGAGCUCCUCAGACAAACCCAGCCCGCUGCAGCCUGGUCGACAAGCCUUCUUGCUCCGGUACAUUUCUCCUUCCAAAUCAGGCCUACUUCUGAACAAUCAAGAUGCAAAGACUGGGAGUCACUGUAGCCAAAUCAGUGAGAACACAGGAAACAAACUCAUAUUCAAAAUUGUCACCCCUACUGGUAGCCUCCUUACAAGUGGUGCUCCGACCUCAAGCAGUCAACCUUUGUUUUUGGCCACCAGACCUCAGACCCAGUGUUUUCUGGUGUCAUCAAACAAAACUAAGGCAAAUGCCUCCAAUGGAGUCAAGAAAUUGAUCACCAUCCAAAAUACUGCACAGAAAGGUGUCAGGGGAUCUUGUAUUUCACCCACUGAACUGAAUGUAAAGGUGCAACCGUGUGAAGCAGAGAAGCCUAUUCUAGCCCCAAGGCCAAUUCGUCCUCCAAGCCAAAGGAAAAGGCGCAUUAAACCAUUGUUUGACGAACUUCCAGCAAGUGUGCAUAAAGCAAGAAGACUCUCAAAUAGAGUACAGACUGAGAAAGAGACUGCUGUCUUAUGGAAGCCUGUAGCCAAAGAAGUUGAAAGGACACUGAGACUUGCCCCAUUCAGUUCUCUACAGCAGAUCAAAUGUCCUCGAAGGUACCAACCUGUCGUGGUGCUCAAUCAUCCUGAUGCUGACAUUCCCGAAGUGGCCAAUAUCAUGAAGGUAGUUAACAGGUACAAAGGUGCUGUUACUAAGGUCUCUCUGUGUCAGAAAACAACGCAAGCACUCUCUGAGCUUUGUGCUCAAGGGAAGAACUACUCAACCAAAGGUGUGUCAUCUCAUGGCAAUGAUCCAAGACCUCGGCCAGUUCAAAGUUCUGUCCGAGAACGUUUCCUUCUGAAACUUAAGUUAAGGAAAAAAAGCAAAAAAAAAUAUGAGGUAGUGGAAAAUUUAUCAGGUUGUCGACAGGAGUCUGUGGUGUUUGACUGCUGGUUUUGUGGUCGACUCUUCAACAGCCAAGAAGACUGGAUUGGCCACGGCCAGCGGCACCUCAUGGAGGCAACUAGAGACUGGAAUAAACUGUUUUAAAGUUUUCCAUUUCCUUCAAAUGGCUACAUAUUCUGUCCAUUUGAGGUGGAACAAAUUAUAUAUGUUGUAUAUUUUUUAUGACUUUCCAUUUUAUGUUUGUUCUGAACAUGUCAAUAAAUAUUCUUAGGUUAAUUAUAGUUUAUCUUUUCAUAUGUGCAUAUUCUGGUAAUUUAUGUACUGGUAGCAUGAUUUAUAUCAUGCAUGCACAGGUCACAUUGAACUGUGAAAAUGGUACACUGUAAUCAGGAGUUGUAGGAGCACUGGCUUACAAAAGGGGAUAAUAUCAGUAAAGGUUAUAUUAGUUGGAUUAAAUGACUCAGGUGAUUUCAUAUUGAUUUGAUUUGUCAUUUUUGCGGAUAAAUAUCAAACAAGCAUAGGCCUAGUUUAAGGGACUUUUGUAUAUGUUAUUAUCCUGCACACGAAGACAGGAAACUUUAUUGUACAGCUUAACUGACAAGUUCAAUUGUUUUGCGCUUUUGAUGUAAAAAAAUGUUCUGUCCAAAUAAUUCCUUUUAUGUAAAUUUUAAUUAACAGGAUACCAUUUUACACUAUUAUCAGGUGUAGUUUAGUUUUCUAAUGAGGAUUUUGUCAACCUGUAGCAUGCGUUUGUCAUAGGCAGAGCUGAGAUUUUUCAUAGCAAUGUUUUUAGUCUGCCAAAUGUGGCAAGCAGCAAAAUACUGAAUCUUUUACACAGGGAUGCUUCAUUAUUCACUGCAAGUACUUGACAAAUGAAGAUCGGCCCAUAAUACACCCUAUGCAAUUUCAUUCAACUUGAGUUUUGUUGCCAGCAGCUCAGGCUAUUAGCUUGUGCUCAUGUUGUGAGACAUGCAAUCACAUUUAAAUGUCAAUCUAAUGAUUAAAAUCUUAAUUGUCCCGUGAA